AUGUCGAAACGAGACGGAAGCCAUCUGGCGGCGAAGGAGACGAAGAAACCCAAGGGCAACGGCAGCAUCACGUCCUUCUUCGGCGCGCCCAAGACGAAGACGAACGAUGAAGACGGUUCAGCUGCGUUCAGCAAGUCGACGACCAUCCUCAACUUCAACAAGGCCAGCUGGGCCGCGAAGCUGACGCCGGAGCAGAGAGAGCUGCUGCAGCUCGAGAUAGACACGCUGGACGAGAGCUGGCUCGCCUACCUGAAAGAUGAGCUCGUCACCAAGGAGUUUCUCAACCUGAAGCGCUUCCUCAGAGACGAGAAGAAGGUCGGGGCAAAGAUCUUUCCCCCAGAGCAGGAUAUCUACUCGUGGUCGAGAUAUACGCCGCUGCACAAGGUCAAGGCCGUGAUUAUAGGCCAGGAUCCAUAUCACAACCACGGCCAGGCUCACGGUCUCUGCUUCUCUGUCCGCCCGCCGACGCCUGCGCCUCCGUCUCUGAAGAACAUCUACAUCGCCCUCAAGAACGACUACCCGUCCUUCGAGCUGCCGGCGAACAAGGGCGGCCUCCUCACCCCCUGGGCCGAGCAGGGCGUCCUGCUGCUCAACACCUGUCUGACCGUUCGAGCACACAACGCCAACAGCCACGCGCAGAAAGGGUGGGAGCGUUUCACUCAAAAGGCCAUCGACCUGGUGGCCAAGGUCCGGACGCGCGGAGUCGUCUUCCUCGCCUGGGGGUCUCCCGCCGGCAAGAGGAUCAGUGCCGUCAACCGGGACAGGCACUGCGUCUUGCAGUCCGUCCACCCGAGUCCGCUCAGCGCUCACAGGGGGUUUUUGAACUGCGGCCACUUCAAAAAGGCAAACGACUGGCUACAGUCCAAAUACGGAGACGAAGGCCUGAUUGAUUGGAGCCUGACUCCGAAAGCAGCGGCCACGGCUGUCUCUAGAACCGUUGCUGCCACGGCCGUAUCAACUACGCCACAGGAAGACGAUGAGAAGCCAGCUGCGGUCGUGUCUGCUACCGUCACAGUAGAGAAAGACACCAAGGCUGCUACAUCUACGGAUGCACCCAAAGAGACAUCUGCCGAUGCAGACGAUGAUAGUGACUUUGGCCAGGACCUCAUCGACGACGACGACGAGGAGGAGACCAAGUGA